UCAAAAUCUGCCUGUAGGGGGACACGCCCGACUUAAGACAAGCUGCAUACCCAUCAACCGUCGGAGCUCCGCGCGCACUCCCUCGAUCGGCGCCGGGCCCCCCAAGGCGGCGCCCCCGGCGCCGCCCCCCUGGCGCGCUCCGCACGCUCAUGAAGGGGGGGUCCAGCGCCGAUCCAAGACAUCCGCGCGGACCUCCGACAGCUCAGGACCGUGCACGUUUCUUGAAGUCGUGCCUGUCCCUCUAGAGGAGGAAUCUUCCAACAUAGUUUAAGCAAGAAUACUACGGGGACGAUUGUUGGUAUUUGUUUGGGCUAUUUGGGCGUACUUUUUGUUGAGCAUGUCUUAUUUGUCGCCCCAAAUCCGCCUGUGGGGGGACAUGCCCGACCUAAACGUAGCUGUUCUGUGGUGUUCUUCCACCGUAGGUCCGCGAGUGUGGGCCCAUGACGAAAGUCAUCACCUGCCAGCUACCCUCGGAGAGCCACUCCAUGGGCAUGACCGUGUCCUCCUACGUGCUCGUCGGCGGCGCCGAGGGGGGCGACGUGGGCUCUGGCGCGUACACGCCCGUCAGCACGGACGACCAGCUCGGCUACUUCGAGCUGCUCGUCAAGGGCUAUCCAGACGGCGUGGUGUCCAAGCACCUGUGCUCAUUGAGGCCCGGGGACUUCGUGGAGGUCAAGGGGCCCUUCCUGAAGCUGCCCUAUAAGGCCAAUAUGAAGAGGAGGAUCGGCAUGAUCGCUGGCGGGUCUGGCAUCACACCGAUGCUGCAGAUAAUAAAGGAGGUGCUCAGAGAUCCAGGCGAUAAGACGGAGCUCACGCUGCUUUUCUGCAACCGAAGCCCUGGGGAUAUCCUGAUCCGUGCGGAGCUCGACCGGCUGGCCGAGUCCUCUGGAGGGCAACUCAGGGUGCUCUACGUAGUAGACCGGAACGACACCGGAGAUGCCUGCGUCAAGCACGUCGGCCACGUCACCAAGGAGUUUUUAUCCGCGGUGCUCCCCGCGCCGUCCCCCGAUGCCCUGAUCUGCGUGUGCGGUCCGCCAGCCAUGGUCGGGGCCUUGGCGGGCCCCAAGAAGUUCCGGAAGGAGGACCCCAACCCGCGGGGCCACCCUUUCUACGGCCAGGGGGGCGUCGCCGGCCUCCUGCAGGAGCUGAGGUACGAGGAGACCAUGGUGUACAAGUUCUGACGUGGCCAGAGAGUCCGGGGCGGCCUCACCAACCCCCAGCUAGAACGACACCCCCGACGCCGUGAUUUCUCCACAGCCUCCGGCAAGGGCCCCCAGAGGCCGAAACUGGCGAGGAGCCUCUUGCCGUGCGAGGGGCUCCGGGCCCGCCGAUCCGAUUCGUCCCCUGGAUCCGCGGCCCGAGGGGCCCCGACCGCCGCCGCGCGCCCACGCGUUUGCGGGCCCGCCGAGCCGCGCGCCGGCGCGGCGCCCACGGGGGCUGCUGCUGUCGGGUGGGCGCGGCGCACGGCUGGCGGCACGACCUUGGCGCCGAGCGGGC